GUUCGGUUGUCGCGAGAUUCGCUUACGCUUCCGUGUUCGCAUCCCUAUCCUCCGCUAAGAGUGUCGUAUUUGGUUUCGAGACCUGGCGCUGUUAACGGUGACCAAAUAGUUAAUACUAAUAUUUCCGGUUGCCAUUUCUGGGCCUUUAGUUGCGUCUUGUUGUAUAUAAUCAACAUAUGUGAGUGUUUCUUAUCUAUGCACGUCGACUGCCCACUGGAGUUGGUGCUUUUGUAACGGCGUCUAAGUGUCUGCCGCGAGGUCCCCGUAUUUAGUAAUGUUGUAAAAACGGCAGAAAAAAUAAUUUAUAUAUCAGUUGUUGUGCUUUCUCCUGCCUCUAUUUAUAAAUUGAUUUGCUGAUUCCGGCUGACAACUGACGUCCCAUCUGCUUUGCAACUGCAGCAUCUCAUUUAAUACUCAGAUAUUAACUCGGAAGAUUACACAAAAUCCAACCAGAAAUAAACGUGCAGCUAAUACAGUUAAGUGAUGAUAAAAAUUAUUUGGCCUGGUUAAUUAAUUGACUUAAUAUUUGAUAAUUAAAAAGCCAAAAAACGUGUAAACAAAUUAAAAAAACUUCGGGCAAAAUGCUAAACCGUUUCGAAGCAAUAUUUAAUAUUCUGUAUGUGGGUCUUGGAUGUUUACUUGCAACAACUGUGGCUUUAAGCACCGAUACCGGAAGUGAUGGCAAUGCCGUCAACACUGGCGCUUCAACCCUUAACAAUGUCAUUAGUGAAGAUCCGGAAUUUACAGAUGUCAUCGAGAAUAUUACGGUGCCCGCGGGGCGCAACGUAAAAUUGGCUUGUUCGGUGAAGAACCUUGGCUCUUACAAGGUUGCGUGGAUGCACUUUGAGCAGUCGGCGAUUCUCACUGUACACAACCAUGUGAUAACACGUAAUCCAAGAAUAAGUGUCACCCACGAUAAGCACGACAAACACCGGACCUGGUUUCUGCAUAUUAACAAUGUCCAGGAGGAGGACAGGGGUCGAUACAUGUGUCAGAUAAAUACGGUUACCGCCAAGACCCAAUAUGGCUUUGUCAAAGUUGUUGUGCCGCCCAACAUUGACGAUGCCCUGACCUCCAGUGACAUAAUUGUGCGAGAGGGCGAUAACGUGACGUUGCGCUGCAAGGCGAAAGGCAGUCCCGAACCUGCCAUUAAGUGGAAGAGAGAUGACGGAAACAAAAUAGUGAUUAAUAAGUCGCUAGAAGUGCAUGACUUGGAGGCGGACUCCCUUGAACUGGAGCGGAUUUCGCGCCUGCAUAUGGGCGCGUACUUAUGCAUCGCCUCCAAUGGAGUACCGCCUAGUGUGUCCAAGCGAAUAAAAGUCAGCGUGGACUUCUCGCCAAUGGUUUGGAUACCGCAUCAACUGGUGGGCAUACCAAUGGGAUUCAACAUCACCCUUGAGUGCUUUAUCGAGGCUAACCCCACAUCACUAAACUAUUGGACUCGGGAAAACGAUCAAAUGAUUAUUGAGUCAUAUAAGUACGAUGUGCUUGCCGCGAUGAAGUGGAUUGCCUGCAUAUUGUUUAUUCCCAUUUGCGCUGCAUUCACAGCUCAGAAAACCGAGUCUGAUCCCAAUACACGUCUUCUGGACAACAUCCUCAGCUAUGUAGUCGGGGAUGCCAGCGCCUGCGGAAAUUAUUUCGAGUAUGCGUGCGGCAAGUAUGCGACGCGCCAUAUCGACGAUUCCUUCACCGAGAUCAUCCAGAUGCUAGACCAUAAGGUCAAUAAAAACCUCGUCCUACUGAUGGAGGAGCUGAACCAGCGUUCGCAGUCGGCGGUUCUGAACGAGUCAAGUGUGGAAGCCAAAGCCUUGCAAUUCUAUAUUACCUGCCGCGAUGCUUCACUGAACACGCGCAGUGCUGAACACUAUCUGAGACUGGCUCCCCCAGAUAAGGGUCUCACAUGGCCCCAGUUAACACCUGGUGAGACCGCUUGGCCCAAGGAACAAUUUAAGUGGAUCAAGACACUGGGAUAUCUGCAUCGCUAUGGUCUUACCAAUGUUAUAGUAAGCGUAAUGGUAACUCAGAACUUUGAGAACAGUAGCGAAUUUUUAUUGAAUCUCAGUAUGCCCAGUUUCGAGGAAGAGUCGCAGCACCUAAACAGUUUCAUGGAAACCCUCGCAACUCUUCACGUUAUGAAAGUGCCGUCAAAAAGUGUAGUUCCUCUCGCGAGGAAGAUAAGAAGGUUAGAACACGCCAUACGGAUCUUAGCCGAAGCGGACGAUGAUGAUGAUGAAAGUCAAUUUAUGAGUGUGCAACGAUUGGAGUACAGAACCGGUCUCAACUGGCAGAUGUUUAUCGAGUUGCUCGUUGACCACCGCAUUUCACCUAACUUUCGAGUGCAGGUCCGAAACUUGCACUACUUUACGGCCCUUAAGGUGCUGAUGGAAACCUCAGACGCCCAGAUGGUGGCUAGCUAUAUAAUGACCCGAUUCGUGCUGUACCUCCUAAAUGAUUCAAUGGGCGAUAGGAGCCCCAUCGAGUGCAUAAAAGAUAUGCGCCGUGGCAUGGAUCAAGCCUCAAACCUGAUCUACAAGGAGCGAUUCCUAGAACCCGCGACCCUGCAACAGUUCACCAAAGAAGUUAUAGAACUCUUCGACCAAUUGCGCCGCCAGUUCCAGCUACAUAUCGAUAAAAAUAGCCUUGGGCUGACUAGCAGGCAAAACCGUAUGGUCGGCACAAAGGUGCAGGAUAUCGUCCUUAACAUCGGCAACAUCCCUAGAGGCCGAGACCAUCGUAGCUUCGUUAGCCAGUACUAUAAGGACCUGGAAUUUCCAUCUGCAGACCUGGACUACAGUCGGGAACACCUCAAACUGCUGGAGUUCCGCACUCAAAAGCAAAUGGCAAAACUUUACCAGCCGGCCCCGAGUAAAGAUGAGUUUUUCUUCAUAUCAGAUCCGGAUACGGCCAUGAGCUCCACCCCAUACUACAUGAUACGGCAGAACAUUAUAAUCGUGCCCCACGGCCUCUUUCAGGAGCCGUUCUUUGUAUCAGACAGCCACGACGUGUUUAAGUACAGCCUUUUGGGAUUUACAAUCGCUCAUGAGUUGAUUCAUUCCGUCGACACCACCGGUCUUUUAUUCGACAGUCUGGGAAACGCUGAUAAAACUGGCACAGAAAUUUCCACGUCCCCGCGCUUCGAGGCAGGCUUGGUGUGCAUGAACCGCAACUCGACACAGUACCUCGAUGAGCGUGUUGCGGACAUUUCCGGUCUGGAUCUCGCCUACUCCGCAUACCUACGGAUCGCCAAGGACAGGAACUAUACAGACUUCGCCAAUACUAGUCUGGAACAGAUUUUCUUUCUCAAUCUGGCUCAGUUUUUCUGCGGCGAUAGCCACCCAACUAAUUUCGUAGAUCACGACGAAGACCAGAUCCGUUUGCAGCAAAUGCUUCACGGGUUUGCCCCGUUCCAUAAGGCUUUUGGCUGUCAAACGAGAAGUUUUUACCCCGAAAAGUGUCAGUUGUGGUAGGCAGAGUAUUUCAGAUCUGCUAGUGUACAUUUCAUUAUCAGGUAUUCCUCAGAAAUGACUUUAGUUUUUAUUUCGCUUCCAUUCGAUUCAGCAGUACUCUUUUUAGCUGAUUUUUCGUAUAUGUAUAUUAAUGUAAAAUGCUUUCCUUUAAAUAAAGCAGUAAAAAAAUAGAUACGUUUUGUGGGAAAGGGAUAGUAGUUUAAAUAAAACCAGUUCUGUAUUAAAACUGAAUUUAUUUUUCUAAGUCAAUGCCUAGGAAACUAACAUUAAAUUCUUAUUCUGGUCUUAUCUAUGGCCUUCUCAGAGGCCGCGUCUGCUUGGAACCCUUGGUGCAGCAUGAGAAUCAUCUUUAGUGAUUAUAUUUGGUUAGGCUAAUUCAAGUGCUAACACCACUCCCUUGUAGGGAUUAAGUCACAGAUUAUAACUUUUAUAAAAAAUUUAAUAGUUCCAACCAGAGCCCAUUAUUUUAUGAGAAUUAGAAAAUUAAAAUAAAAUGCACUAAAAA